AUGAGCGGACCCAAACAAGUCGCCCUCGUCGUCGGAGCGUCGAGAGGCAUCGGCCGUCAAAUCGCCAUUGACUUCGCAAAGAAUGGCUACGCCGUCGUUGUGGCCGCCAAGUCCACCAGCGACGCCUCCAAAGUGACGCCCUUCCCGCCGAACCCCAACUCGCAAGAAUCAACGAUCAGCACGGUAGCCCGCGAGAUCCACGAAGCAGGCGGCGACGCAGAACCGAUCGCGGUAGACGUCCGCGAUCCUGAAAGCGUCGCCAGGCUCGUAGAACAGACGAUUCAGAAAUACUCCCGCCUCGACGUGUUGGUCUACAACUCGGGCGCGAUAUGGUGGGCCUCAGUCGAGGACACGCCCCCCAAACGCUUCCAGCUCAUGCAGCGCGUGAACCCAGAGGGCCUCUACCUCACCCUCCACGCCUCCCUCCCGCACCUCAAGCGCGCGGGCGGGGGCCGCAUCGUCGUCGUCAGCCCGCCCAUCUACAGCCGCUUCUUCCGCGGCAAGACGGCGUACGCCAUGGGGAAGGUGGGCAUGAGCGUCCUGACCAAGGGCCUAGCCAUGGACUUUGCCCGGCAGGGUCUGUCUGAGAUGGCCAUCACGAGCAUCUGGCCGGCCGUGGCCAUCGAGUCGGCCGCCACCCAGAAGUUCCAAGCCUCGAACUCGGACGAGGCGAAGGACCUGCGCAAGCCCACCAUCUUCUCCGACGCGGUGCUCGCCAUCGUGCGGGCGCCCGCGGGGGCCGUCAACGGCGAGAUCGUUCUCGACGAGGACUUUCUGAGGGACCACGCAGGCGUGACGGACUUUUCGAAAUACGCCCUCGUGCCGGGCUCGAGCCCGCGGAGGAUCAUGCCCGCCGAGCUUCCGGAUCUGACUGUGAAGGAGCAAGACGACGAGGGUAAGCGGUAUAGCAGCGCAAAAGCCAAGAUCUGA